AUGGCAAAUGGCAUGCCAGUUUCCGGGAGCAUCUGGUUCUAUGCCCCGACUAAUAUUGCCCCUAUUCCAUUCGCCGUUCUUUUCGGCGUUUCAGCGAUAUUACAUCUCUGGCAGUGCGCCCACUACAAAGCCUUCAGAGUGACGGCCUAUCUACCCUUCUGCUGCACACUCUUUGCCGCCGGGUUCGCCCUCCGCGAGGUGGGCGCCUUCAAUAUCGGCAAUGUCAAUGUGUACCUCGCCAGCACCCUCCUCAUCUACAUGUCCCCCCCCAUCCUCGAACUCGCCAACUACCACAUCCUCGGCCGCACGCUCUACUACGUCCCCUACUUCUCGCCCAUCCACCCGGGCCGCGUCCUGACCACGCUCGGCUCCCUCUCCGCCGUCGUCGAGAUUCUCAACGCCCUCGGCCUCGCCGUCAUCGCCCUCUUCUACACCCUCGCCGCGCUCUUUCACGCGCGCUGCGCACGCGCCGGCGUCGCCCACCCCCGCGUCCGCGCCGUCCUGUAUUCACUGUACGCCAGCAUGCUACUGAUCCUCGCGCGUACUAUCUACCGCGCCGUCGAGCACUUUGCCGCGCCCAUGGUGGUGGUCGGGGGUGCGGAGGACGCUUGGCGCAGCCUCAGCCCGGUGAUCCGCUACGAGUGGUUCUUCUGGGUGUUUGAGGCCGCGCCCAUGCUGGUCAACGUGCUAAUGUGGAACGCCCGCCAUCCCCGCCGCUACCUGCCGCAGAGCUAUAAGCGGUAUUUGGCUCAGGAUGGCGAGACGGAGCUGGAUGGGCCGGGUUGGGCUGAUAAGCGGAAUUUGGUGAUGACGGUUGUGGAUCCGUUUGGUGUUGUGGCGAUGUGUGAGAAGGACCGUCGCGGGGAGCCGUUCUGGGAGGAGAAUGGGUAUCAUCAUGUGCUGAGCGGGAAGGCGGGGCAGCAGGAGGCUGUCUGA